AUGGAAGAGGCACCCGCCGCAGCCUCACCAUCGCGCGGCACCCUCUUCUCUGAUGACGGCAAGUCUCUCACUCCAGAAUCACAAGCCUCCACGCAACACCUCGAUGAACACGACGACGAGCUAGAGGAAGAAGAGGAGGAGGAGGACGAAGCGUCUGGGCAAGGGUCUGUGGCUGAAGACGAAGACGUACAAGAAAACGACAGCGUCAUGCAGGAUGUCGAGAUCCCAGAUGACCUAGACAACUUGUCUGCCUCUGAGCACGAUCAUCAGGACUCAGAGGCCGGAUCAGACGCGGAUGUAGAGGAGGUCGAAGAGCCAUCGCCACAAGUCGAACCGGUUGCAGACAUGGCCAUCGAUGUCGCUGAUUCGCGCAAACGCAAGCGCUCAGCAGAAGUCUCACCCGGCCCCAUGAAUAUGAAGCGGCUUGGUGGUAUUACGCGGUACGAUGAAGUCCUCUCAGAUGAUGACAAUGAGAAUGAUACGGCAAAUGAAAUCAAGGAUAUUCUACUCGGCAAGGUCACGUCUCCCGACGCUGAAGACAUGGAGGGCGAUGUCGAUGCAGAAGUCGAGCCCGAGGAAGCAGAGGAAGAGGCAGAUGUGGAGGUAGAGCCGGAAGCAGAGCAAGAAGGCGACGCAGACAGCGAAGCGGCGGAACGCGUGCGACAUCGACAAGACGCCAUGGCUGCGUUGCGCGACAUUGAACAAGACUUUGCAUCCUUACGGCAAAAACUAUACAACGAACGUCUGCGACAAGUCGAAGCGGAGAUUGCACUUGCAGAGAGCGGCGACCAUCCAAUACUCCAGGAGAAGGCAAAUCAAAAUGCUGCAAGGCAUACAACGCGUCUGCAGCGCGCGAAAGUCCUCGUCGUGUCGCGUCGCAAGGAGAUUGAAGUGGAGUACCAGGCUAAAAAGUGGAUGGCGCACUCACAGUACGCGCAGGACCGUCAAAAGCUGCGUGCUGGAUUGCUAUCAAAAACAUCGGCAGAAUGGUUUCAGAUUCAUCGAGAGAAGCGCGUCAUGGAUAUGGCAGUACCAGAGUAUGGCUAUGUCGUGCCCGAACGAAAGGCAACGCAGCUCAAGCACAGGCGCGAUCACAAUGCAGAGGUGGCCAUCCUGGCGAGUGUCAAAAAGUACAUUGGCUUUCCUUGUGCACCAGAAGUCUCUCAAGCUGCAGCGAAAGAAGUUGAAUCAGAUCUCGCAGAGAUGGGCAUCCAAAAGAAGUCACAACAUGUCUCCAUGUCGCAACAUCUCGGACAGCAUCAUCAUCACCACCAUCAUGCGCCAAAACCAACACACCAUCACCACCACCAUCAUCAUACGCAUACGUCUGUCCAUCCAUCCCGCAAUGCAUCACCACAAGUCCACAGCAGUACGUUCGACUUUAACAAGGCCAAGGAGCCCUUCCCUUUUGCUAUGCGUCCUCCUCAAACAGAGACAGCUAAACCGCGUACAUCGUCCAUCAACAGUCUGCUCAGCAGUGACAAGGAGCCACGGCUUCCCGCGCUGGGAGGUGGACGUCAAGAGGACAGCAACAAGCACUAUGCGAAUUACUGGCAAGAGCCAGCGAAAGGACCGCCAGCGUAUCAAUUUGGUAAACCCUUUGAACCAGCGCUUGGACAAUCACAACCACAAUCCGUACCGCCGUCUAUGCCUCAGCAUACUAUCCUCGCGCAUCCUCAAGCGCCCAAGGCCUCUCUUCCAGGACAAAUGUAUGGACACGGCUACCAGCAUCAAGCCUAUCAGCCGCAAUUGCCCACAUUCAGUCAGCAGGCCUUUGGCCCUCAACCACCGCCAGGCUUCAAACGUCUCUCGACUCCAUAG